UUAAGAGGCCGUGUGCUGCGCUGUGCUGUGCUGUAGGGAUCGGCUGAUGGGGGAAGGGCUCUCACACAUCAACUCAUGGCGGAGAGCAGAUCUCACACUCGGCUCGAUCACACCGCCGCGGCCGCCGCUCAGAUCCGCCAAACCCGCGUCUGAUCAUGAGCACAGGACGACAUGAGCGCUGCUGAGAUUGCGGACAGACUGGAUGUUGUGUUUCUGCUUUUACUGAGUCCCAGAGAGCCAGCUGCAUCCAUACACGGUGUCCUCGUCAGGCCCGGGAGGCUGUGAAUUAUUCGGAAAGGAACUGAAGAACAAACAGGGGAAAUGGCUGCGACCGCGGGUUUCUCCUCCAAUGGACCUGUACCCUGGACGCUGAGCGACACCGAGGUGAACAAUCUCUACCGGGAUCUGGAGUUGGGCACCGUAUUGACGCUCUUUUACUCCAAAAAGUCUCAAAGGCCGGAGAGAAGGACGUUUCAAGUCAAACUCGAGACCAGGCAGAUUAUCUGGACCAGGGGAACGGAUAAAAUCGAGGGCGAGAUUGAUAUUCGGGAGAUUAAGGAGAUUCGGAUGGGCCAGAAGUCACGAGACUUCGAGCGAUAUGUGGAGGACUCGACCGCCCGGCCGGACCAGGCCCACUGCUUCGUCAUCCUCUACGGGACCGAGUUUCGGCUCAAAGCGCUCAGUCUGGCAGCGACCUCAGACGAGGAGAUGGUCAUGUGGGUGAAGGGUUUGACCUGGCUGGUGUCCGAUACGUUACGCUCCCCCACUCCCCUGCAGAUAGAAAGAUGGCUGAGAAAACAGUUUUACGCAGUGGAUCGCAACAGGGAAGACAGAAUUUCCUGUAAGGAUCUGAAAAGUAUGCUGUGCCAAGUCAACUACAGAGUUCCCAAUAUGAGGUUCUUACGAGAGAAACUUCCGGAUGGAGAGCUGAGGAACGGAGAUGUAUCGUAUAGUCAUUUUGCGCAGUUGUACCGCAGCCUGAUGUUUGACGCACAGAAAUCAAUGGAGAUUCCACUGCUGCAAAGGCUUAUUGAGAGACCUGAGCAGAAGAUCUCGCUGGAGGACUUCCAGAACUUCCUGAUUGAACAUCAGAAGGAGCUCUGGGCUGCAGACAACAACAAGGUGCAGGAGUUCAUGUUCCACUACCUGAAGGAUCCUCUACGAGAGAUCGAGCAGCCAUACUUUCAACAAGAUGAGUUCCUCACGUAUCUGUUCUCUAAAGAGAACACUAUCUGGGACUCGCAGCUCGAUCAGGUGAGGCCAGAGGACAUGAACAACCCUCUGUCCCACUACUGGAUCUCCUCGUCCCACAACACCUAUCUGACGGGAGACCAGUUUUCCAGUGAGUCGUCUCUGGAGGCGUACGCGCGCUGUCUGCGGAUGGGCUGCAGAUGCAUUGAGUUGGACUGCUGGGACGGUCCUGAUGGGAUGCCUGUUAUCUACCACGGUCACACCCUCACCACCAAGAUCAAAUUCAGCGAUGUGCUUUACACCAUCAAAGAACAUGCCUUUGUUACGUCUGACUAUCCCAUCAUCCUCUCCAUCGAGGACCACUGCAGUAUUGUCCAGCAGAGAAACAUGGCCACCUUCUUUAAGAAAGUCUUUGGAGAGAUGCUCUUGACCAAAGCGGUGGACAUCUCGGCCGACGGUCUCCCCUCACCCAAUCAGCUCAAGAGGAAGAUCCUGAUCAAGCACAAGAAAUUAGCUGAGGGAAGUGCAUACGAAGAGGUCUCGUCUUCAACGCCCUACUCUGAGAACGACAUCAGUAACUCCAUCAAGAACGGCAUUCUGUACCUCGAGGAUCCCAUCAACCAUGAGUGGUAUCCUCACUUCUUUGUUCUGACCAGCAAUAAGAUCUACUACUCUGAAGAGACGUCAAGUAAUCAAGGGAACGAGGAUGAGGAGGAGCACAGAGAGGUCUGUAACGGCAUGGACCAGCAUGUGACGGAGAAGUGGUUUCACGGUAAGCUGGGAGCGGGACGUGACGGGCGUCAGAUCGCGGAGCGUCUGCUGUCGGAGUACUGUCUGGAGACGGGAGCGCCGGACGGCUCGUUCCUGGUGCGGGAGAGCGAGACGUUUGUGGGAGACUACACGCUCUCCUUCUGGCGAUCCGGUCGGGUUCAGCACUGCAGGAUUCACUCUCGACAGGAGGCCGGCAGCCCCAAGUUCUACCUGACGGAUAACCUGGUGUUUGACACCCUGUUUGCGCUCAUCACACAUUACCAGCAGGUGCCUCUGCGCUGCAACGAGUUUGAGAUGAAGCUGACGGAGCCAGUGCCACAAACCAACGCUCACGAGAGCAAAGAGUGGUACCACGCGUGUCUGUCCCGCAGUCAGGCUGAAAACAUGUUGAUGAGAGUCCCGCGUGACGGGGCUUUCCUCGUUAGGAAGAGAACAGAAUUCAACUCUUUCGCCAUUUCCUUCCGGGCGGAGGGCAAGAUAAAGCACUGCCGCGUGCAGCAGGAGGGACAGACGGUGGUUUUGGGCACUUCUGAGUUUGACAGUUUAGUAGAUUUAAUCAGUUACUAUGAGAAACAUCCACUGUACCGUAAGAUGAAGCUACGCUACCCCAUCAAUGAGGAAACACUGGAGAAGAUCGGCACUGCUGAGCCUGAUUAUGGGUCUCUGUAUGAGGGCCGUAACCCCGGAUUCUAUGUGGAAGCCAAUCAGAUGCCCACAUUUAAGUGCACAGUACGAGCCAUGUAUGAAUACAAAGCCCAGCGCGACGAUGAGCUUUCCUUCAGUAAGAACGCCAUCAUUCAGAAUGUGGACAAACAGGAAGGAGGCUGGUGGAAGGGAGACUACGGCGGUAAAAAGCAACUGUGGUUCCCUGCGAAUUACGUGGAGGAAAUCAGCCCGACGGCCGUGGAGCCCGACCGAUCUCAGGCCACAGAGAACAGUCCUCUGGGAGAUCUCCUGAGAGGAAGUGUGGACGUGUCUUCCUGUCAGAUCGUGGUCAGACAAGAAGGGAAGGGCAGCAGACAGUUCGUCUUCUCUCUGGUGCCUGUCGCUUCACCCCGCACCGGCCCAGUGCUGGACAUCGCAGCCAAUUCGCAGGACGAGCUGAAGGACUGGGUGAUGAAGAUACGGGAGGUCACCAUGACCUCUGAAGCUAAGCUUGAGGAGGGUAAAAUGAUGGAAAGAAGAAAGAAGAUCGCUUUAGAGCUGUCAGACCUCGUCAUCUACUGCCGACCGGUUCCUUUUGAUGAAGACAAAAUCGGGACGGAGCGGGCCUGUUUCCGGGACAUGUCCUCGUUUCCCGAGACCAAAGCGGAGAAGUACGUGAACCGUAUCAAAGGAAAGAAGUUCUUGCAGUACAACCGGCUACAGCUGUCGCGGAUCUACCCGCGCGGUCAGCGCCUGGACUCGUCCAACUACGACCCGUUACCCAUGUGGCUGUGCGGCAGUCAGCUGGUGGCUCUUAACUUCCAGACCGCAGAUAAGCCCAUGCAGAUGAAUCAGGCUCUCUUCAUGCUGAACGGCAGGAGCGGUUACGUACUGCAGCCGUCGAUCAUGAGAGACGACAGCUUUGACCCGUUCGACCGGCACUCUCUGAGAGGAGUGGAGCCCAUCACGCUCUGCAUAGAGGUUUUGGGAGCGCGCCACCUGCCCAAACACGGUCGAGGUAUCGUUUGCCCUCUCAUUGAGAUCGAAGUUUGUGGAGCAGAAUAUGACAACGCCAAGCUGAGGACAGACUCUGAAGCGGACAAUGGUCUGAACCCCACCUGGCCCAGGAAACCCUUCCGAUUCACCGUGUGCAAUCCUUCCUUUGCCUUCCUCCGCUUCGUGGUCUAUGAAAUCGACAUGUUCAACGACCAGAACUUUCUCGCCCAGGCAACGUUCCCCAUCAACUGCCUCAAAACAGGCUACCGGUCGGUCCCGCUGAAGAACAGCUACAGUGAGGAUCUGGAGUUGGCGUCUCUGCUGGUGCACAUGGACAUCAUCAGAGGAAGGCAUGAGAACGGCGAGAUGUUGAGUCCGUUCUCGGCGGCGGGGGCGGUGGCCAUGGCCAUGCAGGUGGGCCGGGAGCGUAUGGGGGACACCAGCUCCGUUUCCUCCACGGCCUCCAUGUCACCCCUGCCCUCGUCUCCGGGUCAGGCGCUGGGAUAUCGCGGUCGGGAGGGCUCGUUCGAGGCCCGGUACCAGUCCCCGCUGGAUGACUUCAGAGUGUCACAGGAGGCGCUGUUGGACCACGAGAGUAGGAGGCUUCGCAGGGCCCGCGUCAGCGCCGACAACCGUGCGUAAACCGAGCGGCUGAGCGUGCGACAGAUGGACGGAGCGGACGCAAGGCCAGCGACAAGGUUCCUACAGAGCUGAUGAUGUCAAGGACUGCCGUGAAACCCGUUUCUGUGGAAAUCGUCAUCGCCAGCGUUUUCGGACAGAUCUCCCUCUCUCUGCGACUCUCUCCCGCUCAGGGCCGCGCGAGUGGCAGAGGGACUCGCGGGGCGCGAACGGAGCUUUGGCUCACGGACAGAAACGAACAAUUAUCUGCUUAGCUACAAUCUGAACCUGCGGCGGACGGGACGGGGUGUUCUGAUGCAGCGCGAGACUCAAGGACAGCGUCUGGGUGGACGACGAGGCCGAUGUUUCAAAAUUGAGCGGGGGCUGUAUCAUUCAUCACUUUGAAACCGAUUCCAGGUUAACAUUUAUGGAGUAAUAAUACUUUUUCUUUACUCUGUCUCUCUGGCUUAUAUAUAAAUAUAUAAAUGUGUGUGUGCGUGUGUGUGUGUGCGCGCCCCAUUUUGCUGUCGGUUAGAAAAGCGUCGCAGCUGAUCUGCUCUCAAAGAGCCUCUCACUCCAGAUUUUUAUUUCAUUUCAGAUUGAUUAUUUUUAUUAUUUAAACAUCUGUUUCAUAAUGUUAUUGUUUUGUUUUUUUCUAUACGAGUAUGUUUUUAACAUGAGGGCUUGGCCUUUUUAAUUGCGUUUCUCGCAUUCUUACGCUUUCUCUUCCGUGUCCGAGUCGAUGGACUAAAGUGUUUGACACGUCCCAGGAUGUCCAUGUAUUUUUUUUAAACCAGCAGGUGGCAGUACGAGAGAUCUCAUUGAAGUAGUCGCUGUGUGAGAUUCAGGAAGACAUCCUUCGACAUUUAACUCGAGAACAACCUUUAUUUCGUUUUAAAAUAAAGUUAUGACGUUAUCAAGUGACCAGAGAGCAAUAUCACUCUCCUUGUUUUACGUUUUGCCAGUCUGCACAGGUGGACUUUAAUUCACAAACAGCUCAGGUGGGAUUUUAAGGUUGUGGGAGCAUUGGAAAUGUUGUGUGUUUAGUUUUCAGACAGAACUUGGACCAUCUCAUUUCAAAGCAUUUUAUCCUUCGAUUUAUCGUUUACUGUUCCUCCACAUUUUAGCAACUGAAAAGUCUCGUUCCUGAAGGGUUUUUAUUAUGCAUUGUCUUAUCAGAUUAAUAGGGAGGACAUUUUAUGUAUAAUUUAGUAGCGUGUUAACCAUGAUGUACGUUUAAAGAAAGCCAAAGGUAGACUGUGCAGGAGGUUUAUGUAAGAAAUUGGGACCAAAUAAGUCUGUCUCAGUUUAUUGGGUUAGUAGAACACCCUAAGCGUUGAAUUAUUCUCAAGAAAUCUUUCUUCCGUGGCAUUUUGGUCAGUCUUCCUAUAGAUGUUUUGAGGACCUUGUGCCAAGCAGUCAUUUAGUUUUGUGUUAUGCCAUAGUAUUGCCCUAAUAAUUGAUAAACAGGCUAAGACUGCUAAACCUCAGUAUUUACAGCUGAUGUACAGUACAAACAAGGCCAUAUUUAUUGUAGCUCUGACAAGUUUCAUGCAGUUUUUUUGUUUAGCCAGUAGGGGGUUAAGAUGUUACUGAUCUGCACACAUAGACAUGCCAUGUAGUUCUGAGAAAUAUUAGUGUCUAACAGCCAUAUACGGAAGCCAUCGUCGCAUUAUUUUUCCAUCACCUGGCUCUCCGUUUGACCAUGAGAUCCAGGUGCAUUUUUCUGGAGAGCUUGUUUGCCUUUUCCCCCCUCUUUUUUGCCUUGUGGCUGCUAUGUUAUGGCAGUAUUGUCACCGUAUUUAUUUGGUUCUGUGCAUGACAGCUCAGAGUCUGAAAGAUGCUCCUGAUUUUACUCCUCAAUUUAUAUUGUUACAUUGUUGUAUGUUCCCCUAAUUGGGCAUCUACAGAAAUGCUAAUUUAACAUGGAGGGAUGUGCAAUUCAAGCAACUGGCUUGCGCCUUUGGAUGCAUGCAUAAAUUCUGUCAUUCCUUUUUAUUUUCUUCCUGUCUUUCGCAAUGAUUACUGUACAGCAAUUUGCAUUACGCAAUCUGGAAAUAUUACAGAAAGACACAGGGACCAUAAUCACUUCCUGAGCUUUGAGAGGAAAAGACGAGGCCAAACUCCUUCAGAAGGGAAUUCGCUCAAGUUCCCUUACAUGUAUUCCUAAUUAGCCAACAUUCCCUCGAUUUGUUUUCAGUGUUACUCCCUUUCCUUGUACUUCUGUCUCCAGUCUGUAAAUGAGUUUCUGCUGUUUUCUUGCAUCAUCUUUCAUGUGCCUUGGUGUAUGUAUACAUAUAUACAUCAACGAAAGAUUCCCUGUUGGACAUGUAUGCCUUUUUCUAUGCUUUCUUGCAUCAGCGUUUUGUUACCAAUGUUCUUAUUUACAAACCAAGCCUUUUCUGUAAUGUGCCUAUGCUAUAUUGGAGGAAGUAUACGUUUUAAUUUUGCUUUUCAUAUGAAACAUAAUCAAGCCUGAGAAUAAAGUACUUAUUCAACAAUGAA